AGGUCUUCACACUACUGACCUCAAACCAGAGUGAUGGCCCUUCAAAGAGAACACGAUUUCUACUCAGAGGAACAAUUAGGCGCUGCAAGGGAGAAUAACAUUCCGUCAGAUGAGGUGGUAGAGCUCACAGGAGAAGUCGCUGGUGCGCGCGACUGUGAACAGCACUUUAUGCAGGGUCUCUCCCCUACCUUUUAUGAGGAGAGCGCUCCGGUUCCGGAAUCGGAUCAGCCCUCGGUUUCAGUACCGCAAGCGUACAUAACACCGGGGUCCCCGGAACACGAUGAGCCGGAUGUGUCCCCGGAAUCACCCGUCGAUGAUGUAGAGCGCUCCAGUCAGGCCGCAGAUGGGAGGUCACGUAACGGAUCACCGGUAGAGGCGCGGGGACUGACAGCGGAGGAAAUCAUCAUUCAUCCGGACCCAGCAGAACCGUGUACGCCGAGGAAUCAGACUGAGCCUAUACCGAACAACGGACCUCGGGAAAGGGAACACCGUAGAGGGCUCAGCAGUAGCAGGAGCAGUAGCAGGAGCAGCAGGCCAACCACACGCUCAAACAGAACCAGACCAAUCAUGAGAGGCUGUCAGAAUUGCUGUCGGACUGCCCAUGAUCAACUAGUUUUAAUUAGUAAUGCUUGCCGACUAAUGGUUAAAAUGCUGGCUGUCUAUAGUGAUCAUAAUUAGUAAGGUGUUUGAUCUGAAAUUGUUUCAAAUUAUUUUUUAUUUGUUUCAUUGGGUAAUUGUUUUUUUUUUUUGUUAUUCAUUUUAAUUUAUGACGUUGAUAUUUUUUAAGGUUUAAGUGUGUUUUGAUUUUUUAUGAUAAUGGAUGAAAACAAACCGUUAGGGCUUAGGCUGAGUUUAUCAGACGAGGUAGAUCAACAUUUUCAGAAUGAGUCAAACUUUCAAAAUGGUAUAACUGAAAAUAAUAUUGAAAACAAGACCUCCUCCAGUCAGUUCUUAGAUCCGUUACACGUUAUAAAUCAAGCUCUCGUUGAUCUGGAACCCUUAGAAAAUGAAAUACCAACGAGAAUUGUAUUGGCCCUCCAAACAAGGUAGACAACGUCUUCAUAGCUGCUUUCACCACAGCUUAUGGGCGUCUAAAGUUGUACAGUUAUUUAGAGCAGCUGCAGGAGAGGGUCUUGUAUUAUGAUACAGACCGUAUUAUGACGGCUUGACCUGGGUAAUUACAUGGGAGAUUUGACUGAUGAGUUAGACGGUGAUAGCAUAAAAGCAUUCGCGGCCGCGGGUUCUAAAAGUUAUGCUUACCAAACUCAAAACAACAAAGUAGUACUUCGUGUAAAGGGUAUCACUCAAUGCAUGAUUGUUGUGAACAAGUUAACUUUAACAGUGUCAAACAGUUGGUGGAGAAUUAUGUGGGUGUCAUUGAAACACCUCAGCACAAUAUUGUACAAGAUAAAAAGGGUUUUUUUUCCUUAGAAACACAUCAUUCAAGAAUAAAUUUAGAGUGGUGUAUGACAAGAGACGGUUACUGUGCCAAGGUCAAACCCUGCCUUUUGGCUAUUAAAAACAAUUAAAUGUUUUCAUCCAAUGAAAUUGAGUCUGACCCUAGACUAAGAACACCUUUCUCCUGUCAAAUCGUGGGGCCAAGCGGGUCGGGUAAAACUUAUUUUGUAAAGUCUGUGUUGGAAUCCUGUAAUCAUGUCAUGGACAACAUGCCUAGUAAUAUUGUUUGGAUUUUUACUUAUCAACCGAUGUACACUGAACUGCAAAAAAGAAUAAAAAGAUCAAGUUUGUCGA